AAAAAUGUCUAGCCAACCAACCAAUUCAACAUGCUCUUCUGAUUGUUCUGCUUCAACUGUUGCUGCAGAAAAGCCAAAACUUUCCUUUGUUGUUUAUUGUGCUUCGAGUAGUAAAUUGGAUGAAAAGUAUUUUAGUGCUGCAACACAAGUUGGUGAGACUUGUGCUCAGAAUGGAAUUGGAGUGAGAUAUGGAGGUGGUAAUUGUGGUUUGAUGGGUACUGUUGCCAAAUCAUGCAUGGAUAAGGGUGGAUACGUUGUAGGUGUCAUCCCAAAGUUCAUGGUUGAUAAACAAUGGGGAAUGGAAAGAAAUUUCAUCUCUGAAUUGGUCAUUACCGAAACAAUGCACGAAAGAAAAGCCAAAAUGAUCGAAGAUACCGAUGCCUGUGUUGCUUUACCAGGUGGUGUUGGCACCUUUGAAGAAUUACUUGAAGUAAUCACUUGGAAAAAGCUUGGAAUUUACUGCAAACCAAUUAUCAUUGUCAAUGUCGAUGGAUACUACGAUCCAUUAAUUCAAUUAUUCAACAAUGCAGUCAAUGAAAAAUUCAUGAAUCCUAAACAUUUGGAUUUAUUCUCAGUUGUUAGUAAGGGAGAAGAUGUUGUCAAGGCAUUCGAAACUGCAGUUCCAUGGGAUAAGAAUAAUAUUGAAUUCAUUUCUGAACUUCUUUAAGUUUCAGAAAAAAACAGAAAAUUUCAAAAAGUAAAAACAAUAAAAAAGUUAAAUGACAUGAU